GAAGGAAAUUUCGGCAAAAGGGAAACGACUGUCUUCAUCUGUAUGGUAAAAUAACAAUCAUUUUGUUUGAGAGAAGUAGAAGAUGCCAGAUGAGGAAAGAGUGAAGAAAAAAAGACGAAAGCUCGAUUCCAUAAUCAGUAAACUGCAUCAGACGAAUCCAUCGGAAAAAGAGGGCACAAGAGGGGAAGCACAGCAGAAUGAUACAAAGAAAGAAAAUGAUAAUGGUAAUGAAACAAGAGAAUUACUUCCAAGGGUAUCAAGAAGGAAAGCAGCUGCUGCACCAGUGAAACAAAAGAAUAAUGAUGAGGACCCAGUCCAACACCCAGAAGGAGAAGUGGAUGAGGAAGCUCAUGUCGUUGAAAAUGCCAUGGAGAUUGAUAACAAACAGGAGGUUCCUUGCUAUGGAGAGGAUAGUGCUGUUGAUGACGUACAACCUGAAAAUGCUCCAGUGGUGAAACAGGAACCCAUAGAAAACUAUGAGAACUCCUUGGAUGGCCUUCAGAAAAUGCUGGGAUAUGAUAUCAGUGAAGAGGUGCAGAAGCAGAAGGAACAUGGGAAGGAGAAGAAAAAGAAGGAGCACACGUCAGAAAAUUUAGACACAGAUGCUGAGUUGCCCAGAAGAGUUCAGUGUACAGCUUGUGGAAGACAAGUGAAUCCUGCACAUGGAACUGUCUGUAGACACCCAAACUUGAAUGUCUUGGUGUGCAAAAAAUGCAGUCGGUACUUUAAUUCUGGGCCAUUCACUCGUGACGAAUUUGGUGUGGAGGAGCAAUGUCGAUGGUGUGGCGAUGGAGGUUCACUUCUCUGCUGUGACAAGUGCGAGAAGGCAUUUUGCAAACCUUGUAUUAAACGUAACCUGGGAAAGGCUAAACUCAAAGAGAUCGUGGAUGCGCCGGAGGACACUGAAUGGUUAUGCUUUUGUUGUAAUUCUAAACCUUUAUCACAGCUUUUAAAAUCAUGUAAUCGAAUUAUGAACAUUCUGGACUUGCGCAAAGCUCAAAAGAGUCUUUUCAAAUCGAAAAAAGGACCUUCGUUAAAAGAGGCUCCUAACCAAAAGGAACGGCGGAACAGACUCUGCAGUAUAAGUGAGAAUAUGGGAAUGAGCUCUGAUGGCGCAUUGUCGCCCAGUGAAAGUCCAACAAAGAAGACUGCGGCUGCUGCUAAUCUCAUCAUUGACAGUGAUGGCGAUAGUGACGAGGGGAAUGAUCAAAAGAAAAACAGGAAACGUAGCUCUAAAAUUGAAAAAAAGAAACAUGCAAAGAAAAAUGGCUCUGCUAAAGAGGAUGUUUUGGUGAUUGAUGACAGCGAUAGUGAUGAUGAUGUCGUUGUUACCAGCUCCAAGGGUAAAGGUAAGAAGAAUGCGAAGGGCCAGGGGAAGAGUACAAGUAAAAAGAAAACAAAAAUAAGAGGCGAAUCAGAUAACAAGAAAGACAUUAAGAAAAGCAAAGUGAAAAACAAUAGAACUAGAAAAGAUUCAUCAAGUGAAUCAGAUUCUAAUGACAAAAACCAAGAUUCCAAACGGAUAGCGAAAGCUGUCAGAAAGACGAAGAAGAAAGAUAAAAGUGAAACCCGAAGUUCAGAGGAAGAUUCAGACUUUUCAGACUUUGUUUCUAUGGUGAGAACAAAAGAUGGCCUUCAAAAGGAAAAAAAGAGUAAAAAGCAAAGAGGAAAAGGAAAGAAACAAGCUUCAGAUAAAGAUUCUGAGGACGAAAGCGACAAUGUAAAAAGAAAGACACGCUCCAAAAAGGCAAGCGUGUCACAAAAACAAACUAGGAAACGUCCACGGAUGGUUACUUCUUCAGAGGAGAAAUCCAGUUCUUCUGCUGACGAGAAAUCUGACAGUGAUGUACCUGCAAAAAGGAGAAAAAUGCUGCAAGCUCAAAAGAGCAAAAAGAAGCAGAGGAUAGCUUCGGAAGAUAGUGAUGAAUCUGAUGAAGAGAUUGCCAGCAGAAAGAAGGGAAAAUCAAGGAAGAAAACUAAAAGGAGUAGUUCUGAAUCUGACGAAGAUCGCAAGAAGAAAAGGACACGGAAGGGAACAGGAAAACAGAAGAAAGGACGAAAGAAACAUCAAAUUGGGAAGGAUAGUGACGACUCAGAAAAUAAUGACGACGAAGAAGAAGAAGAAGACGAGGAAGUGAGCCCAUCGAAAAAGAAAGGUCGUAAGAAAAUUCGCAAACUGAUCGAAGAUGAAAAGCUUGCCGAAGAAACCCGAAAAGCCCGAAGGCUCGAGGAAGAGAGGCGGAAACGUCUCUUAGAAAGGACUCGUGCCAAUGAACUUGAUGACUUACCAACUGCGUCAGCUAAAGUGUCAACACUCGUUCUUGAGGCUGACCCAGAUACCAAGGGGCCCUUAGUCGAGAUUAAAGAGGAUCUUCUGCAGCAUCUGAAACCUCAUCAAAGCAAAGGAAUACAGUUCAUGUAUGACUGUGUAAUUGAAUCAUUGAAGUCAUGGAAGAAAGAAGAGCCCGGUGGAGGAUGUAUACUAGCCCACUGUAUGGGCCUCGGCAAAACACUGCAGGUCGUUGCAUUGGUACAUACACUGAUGACCCAUCCAGAUAUCAAGUUACAAAGCGUGUUAGUCGUGGCCCCGCUCAACACAGUGUUGAACUGGCAAGUUGAGUUCGAAAAGUGGCUUGCUGUGGACGAUAGGCUGGAGGUUUAUAUCCUUCAAGAAGCUGGAGGAAACAAUUGGCGUCGAGUAGACAUGCUCAAACAUUGGAUGCGACAUGGUGGUGUAAUGAUUAUGGGUUACUCUCUGUACCGUAACCUGUCACAAUGCUACAGGAUUAGAAGCAAACAUCAGAAGAAAGCAUUUCAGGAAUCUCUGGUUGAUCCAGGUCCUGAUUUGGUGGUGUGCGAUGAGGGUCAUAUUUUGCGCAAUGAUGCCAGUGCCAUCUCCAAAGCUCUCAACGCCAUCAAGACAAAACGGCGAAUUGUGCUGACUGGAACACCUCUGCAGAAUAACCUCAUUGAAUAUCACUGUAUGGUGAGUUUUGUGAAACCAAAUCUCCUUGGUACGCGAAAAGAAUUUACGAACACGUUUGUCAAUCCCAUUCAAAACGGCCAAUGUGCAGAUUCUACUGCUCUAGAUGUUCAGAUUAUGAAACAACGAUGCCAUGUGCUUCAUAAGAUGUUAGAAGGCUGUGUUCAGAGGAAAGAUUACGCCGCGCUGAUACCUUUUCUUCCGCGUAAACACGAGUACGUGAUCAAGGUUCGUUUAUCAGCAUCACAGCGGAAGCUGUAUGAACACUACCUCAAGACAUUCGUGUUUCCUGAUGGGGACGUUGGUAAAAGAGGGGUUUCCCUCUUCUCGGACUAUCAGUGUCUGAUGCGCAUCUGGACACACCCCUGGUGCCUCAAGCUGGAUGCUCUGAGACGGCCAGAACAGUUUUUGGACACAGACAGUAUGGACGACUUUGUGGUGCACACCGACGAAGAAGACGAAGAAGAGGAGGGAUCGGAAAGCGUUCAGUCAACGACCUCAGAGGAAGAAAACCAAGUUGAGUCUUCAUCUGAGGGUGAAGAUAAAAGAAAAACAGUCAGGGGUAAGAAAAGUAAGCAGAUUUUUAGCUCAGACGAGGAGGAAAGUGAUGACGAGGAAAACGAAAGCGAGGAUGAAGUUCUUCCGCAGUCUUCAAGGAAGAAAAAUGCGCUUGCCAGCGAAGCUUCUUCAGCCUCAAACAGAGCUGGCUCCUCUACUGUGAACAUUGGUGGAGAGGACAUAACAGUUGUGAAGAUCAACGAUGGUGCGAGUACUAGUCGUGAUGGAAUUAGUAGCAAGAAAGACGAUGCGAAACCGUCAACAAGUAAAGACGUACACUAUAGCGAGACGAACAACAGCGUUUUUGGAAGCACUCGAUCGGGGGCGUCUUUCAAAGACGAGCCAGACGUGGAGAUCGAAGAAGAAAAGGAAUGGUACGAUGAAUUCCUACAAGAUGACGACGAAUACAACGUGGAACUUAGUGGCAAGCUUGUUCUUCUGAUGGAGAUCCUUGCUGAUGCAGAGGCAGUGAAUGAUAAAGUGCUGGUGUUCAGUCAGAGCCUGGUUACGCUUGAUUUGAUAGAGAAGAUGUUGGGCGGCGGGGAGAUCGGCGGUGAUAGAGAAAACUGGUGCCGAGGUUGUGAUUAUUUUCGAAUGGAUGGAUCCACAAGUGCAGCCAUGAGACAGCGCUGGGCUGAUAUUUUUAACGACGACGAUAACAAAACGGCUCGCUUGUUUCUAAUCUCGACCAAGGCCGGUGGACUAGGGAUUAAUUUAGUAGCAGCUAACCGGGUUGUUGUAUUUGACGUGUCAUGGAAUCCCUCGCACGAUGUACAGUCAAUCUUCAGGGUUUACCGGUUCGGCCAGAGCAAGGCUGUGUUUGUAUACAGACUUAUAGCACAGGGAACGAUGGAAGAGAAAAUAUACGAUAGACAGGUGACAAAGCUGUCUUUGUCCAGCCGAGUGGUGGAUGAGCAGCAGAUUGAGCGGCACUUUACUGCAGCCGAUCUACGCGAGCUGUACAUGUUUACCCCGGAUAUUCUUGACGAGGAGAAGGAGAAGGAUGCGGAGGCCGAGGUCGAGGCCAAGGCCGAGGUCGAGGCCGAAGCCGAGGCCGAGGCCGAAGCCGAGGCCGGCGAGAAAAGCAAAGAAGAUGGAGAGGGAGGAACCGAUGUCAGUAACGAAAUGGCCGGCGACAAAGACGAAGAAAGGAAAAGUGAUCAAGACGAUGGACUACGAAAGGAAAGCGAUAGAGGCAAUGAAACUGAGAAAGAAAAUGGAGAGACGCAAGAAAAGGAAGGGGAAAACUCAAACAAUUCAGCAAGAGAUAGCGAAAGCGACAAAGCAAAAGAAGGCGAUAAAGUUGAAGAGCAACCUGCCUUACCACUCCCCAAGGACGCUGUACUAGCAGACUUGAUCGUACGCCUUCAUCCCAGAUGGAUAGUGAAGUACCACGAACACGACUCCAUGCUGCAGAAUAUCGAGUCCGAAGAACUGACUCCGGAAGAAAUGAGGCAGGCGUGGGAAGCUUACGAAGCUGAGAAGUCUGGCCAAAUAGCCCCAGCAUACAACCGCAGCCAGGAACCUCCACCGGGGAGCCACGCGCACACACAGAUGCAGGUGGCGCAGAGAAUCCGAAUAAAUUCGGAGAUGCUGAAGCAGAUUCAGCAGAUUCAUCAGCUGCAGGAGAUUCAACAGCGUCAGGAGCUGCAGGAGCGCGCGCAACUUGCACGGCAAGAGCAGGAGCGGCUGUACCAGCAGCGCCACGCUGUGUAUCAACAGCACCAGCGACAGCAGGACGAGAUACGCCGGCAGAAUCAACUGCGAUUCAUUCAGCACAUGACGCAACAACCUGCUGCACAGGGCUUCCAAAUCGGACAGAAUACAGUGAACGUGCAGACGACUCUUCCGGCUGCCUCACAGGUCCCCCAGGCGUCAUUUCCUCGGCCUGGUCUGACGUAUCAGCCACUGAGAUUAAGUUUUCAGGUACCGCCGAACGUUCGCCUUCCUGCCCCUGGAGCUGGAACCAUUCCAGUUACAGGAGCCCCACCCACUAUAAACUCGACUCUUGGACCAGCCACGCCAGUCAGUACUGUCAGAACGUUGCCAAACAACGCGCAGGUUUCGCGGCCAUAACCAUGUUAUGUUUCAUUCUAAAAACGGUGCGUUUCAUUUCGUGUGGAUUGUAAGUUUUGACGUGCAUAGAAAAUGUCUCUCAGACUUUCCUUUGUCAAAGAUCUUCAAGGGCUUGUAUUUUAUCUUACGGACCAGUUUAUAAACGCUUAUAUUGGUAUAUGAAGUGCGACUUAAUGUGUCAUAGAAAAAACUUGUAUGUCGCAAUUCCACAACGGGCAGUCUUUUUCUUACAUACGAUACGCGUAGCGACUAUUUUAGAGCGGAAUACCUUAGGUAGAAAUUAUUUAUAUUUGCCUUAUUUAUCGAAAAUUAAAUACGAAGCUUUUAUAUAUAAA